AAAGAAAGCCCGGCGGUGACGUCCACAACUGUACCCAGACGACCAACAAACCCCUCUACAUCACGGGGAGCAAAUCCAAACAGAAGUGACCAACAGCCAUGAAUCUUGAGCCGCCCAAACCAGAGAUCAAAUCGGCCACCCGAGUCACCGGUGGUCCCGCAACACCACGCAAAGGGCCCCCUAAAUUCAAGCAGAGGCAAACCCGCCAGUUCAAGAGCAAGCCCCCAAAGAAGGGUAUCCAAGGGUUCGGAGAUGACAUCCCCGGCAUGGAAGGUUUAGGCACUGACAUCACCGUCAUCUGCCCCUGGGAGGCCUUCAACCAUCUGGAGCUUCACGAAUUGGCUCAGUAUGGCAUCAUCUGAGCCUGUCAUCGUUUGUGCAAUUUAGACCCCUUUCUGCCAUGUCCUCCAUCGGCUCCAAGUGGAUCAUUUCGACUUUAAUAACACAAAAACAGCAGCGUUUAUUGUAUAAAAAUGGAAAAAUGGUUACAAAGAAGAAAAAAAAAUCUACCUGACUAUCCGUCCCACAGGUUUCUUUUCUUUCUUGCAGUUCAAGAACAGGUUCUGCUCAAACUGUAGAAGAGAAAGAUGUAUACGAUCCCAUCAGGCCGCAUUCUGUUUGCCUAGAAAAACAUGCUGCUCUUUUCUUUUCUAUUCUUUUCUUCCCAAAAAACAAAACUUACGCAAGCAAGACAGCCUCAAAGUGAGUUAAAAAAACAUGAGAUGUGCCCGUGAAAUGCCUGGCUUCUCAUUUCAUGUGCCUCGGUGCCUCGUCUGUCCAUCUUCACCGAGUUUAAGAAAAGAUCAAAGUCCUGUAGAGAUGAAACACCCUGCUGGCCGACACUAAAUUAAACUUAAACUUUUUUCAAUUGGGUAAUCAAUGCAGAUGUUAAAGUUUGCGUUUUCUUUUUAUUUUGUUUUUAAGUUGCACAAAUGCCAUCAAGAAGUGUUGUUUUGUGCUUUUGCAACCUCUUAAUGCAGUGACACACACAGUCGCAUCAUUAGAAAUCAUUUUUGGCUGUAUUUUCAGUUUCAGAAAGUCUCUCAGGUGACUCAUAGAGUCAGUAUUGGGCUGUCGUGUCUUGUGUUUCUUUCAUUUUUUUCAUCCUCAUCAUCAUAUUUUUCUUCAACAUCAUCCCAUUUCAGUUUUACAAUCAUAUAUUUCUAUUUGUACAUCUUACUGUAUUAUAUUAUUCAUUCUCAAUUGAUCAUGUACAGUAGCAGCAUUUAAACAUUCUUGACUCUGAUUUUUUAGACAACUUUAUUUUACUUUAGAGUUUUUUUCCCACUUUCUGUUUGUUGCAUGCACUUUCUUCAACACUUUAUAGUCAUUCAUUCAUUCAUUCGUCAUCCAUUGUUUGUGUUGGAUUUCAUUAAAUCUUCUGCAGUGUAAAAGCCCAUUUCUCGUACAGUCAUCACCCCCAUUCUUUCAGUUGAUAUAUCUAAAGUAAAACCAAACAGAAGUGGUUUAAAUAAGAAGGAAUAAUUAUCAAGGAAGUGUGCAGAAAUUAACAUGAUGUUUGUUAGCAUUGUGUCCUUGUGAAUUCUGAAGUUUUUCUGUGCUGUCUGGCCUAUAUUGUGCAUAUAUUGAUUUUAGAUUGAAUAUUCAUGCUUUUAAGAGCAUGUUUGGGUUGACAACAGCGGUGACUGAAGUGACGUUUUCUCUCUACAGGAUGAGAUCAAAAUAAAGCUUGAAAAAAAGAGGAAAAAAA